AUGGAUGAAUGGAUUAGAAUUGCUGCUAAUAUUGACAUUAAGGACUACUUAGUCUCUGAAACUCCUUUCAUCGGUGGAAAUGCUUCCUCUGAAGGUCCGGAGGGCGAAGGUACUGAAAGCACAGUAGUCACCGGUGUUAACAUUGUCAUGAACCAUCACUUACAAGAAACCAGUCUCACAAAAGAGGCCUACAAAAAAAAAAAAAAAGACUACAUGAAAUCACUCAAAGGCAAACUUGAAGAACAGAAACCCAAAAGAGUAAAGCCUUUUAUGACUGGAGCUACAGAGCAAAUUAAGCACAUCCUUGCUAAUUUCAAUAACUACCAGGGUUUUUUUGGUGAAAACAUGAAUCCCUAUGAUAUGGUUGCUCUCCUGGACUACUGUGAAGAUGGUCCACUCUUCCUCCAUUUCCAGUCAGAAAAGUACAGGGCUUUCAGCAUUCUCUACCAAACAUGGUACAUCAAGUUGCAAUAA